UCGUCGUUCAUGAAUGGCGUCGAGCACAUUGUUUUUAAAUUGGGAUGCAUUUUAAAAAAAAAAAUUCUUGAUUCUUGAUGCGUAUCAUGGAUUCGAUUGAAGAUAAUUUUGAAAAUAUAGCCAAACAAAUUGAUCAAUUAAAGAAUGGAAUUGAAAAUGAUUCGGAAAAAUAUAAUCAAUUCUAUGAUUAUGUUGUUUCAUUUUGUUCAAUUUUUAAAUUCAAUAUUUUUAUCGAAAAAUUAUUGAUUGAAAAAGAAAAAUCAUUAAGACGUGAUAAAAUAAUGUCGAUUCUUAUUGAUAUUGUUUUUGAAUCGGAAAAUUUUGAAAAUCUUGUGAUAACAAUAGCCGAAAGACUGCAGAUGCAAAAAUAUUCAUCAUUCGAAAUUGAUAAAUUCAUCAAUAUUUUGGUAUCGUUCCCGGAAUUAAUUGCCAAUCUAUAUGGAUCCAGUUAUCCACGUAUGUUCGAAACGAAAAAUUAUAUUUCCAGACUGUGUCAUGUUUUGGAACAUAUUCUACAUCGGAUACAUGAUUGUGAUCAAGAAAGAAAAUCUUACGUUAUGCAUCACAUACAUUGUAUUGUUCGUCGUUUAUGUUUACGAGGCUAUCAGGAACCGAUUUGGAAUCAUUUGUUAAAAAAUUUAUUCGAUAAAAUUAUUGAAGAUGAUAAAUGGAAUAAACUGGCGCAAGAUAUCCUUUUCGGUUAUCAUCGAGAAGAAGAACAUACCGAUAAUGUACAAUCCAUUUCAGAAAUGUCUAAAUUUUUAGAACCAUUAUUCAAAAUGAUAUUUCAUUAUUCAUCUUGUUCGAAAUCGAUCGAAAUAUUAUUUCCAUUCGAUUUUAUUUGUAAACAUAUUUCAUUAUUAUCAAAAAUUGAAUUCUUAUUGACAAACAAAUUUGUUUUGAUCUAUCAUUGUCCAUUGAAUGUUGAUAGAUUUAAUCGUGAUCAAUUUAUUUAUAAUUUAUUGGGUUAUUUAUUUCGUUGCAAUUCGAAAUGGUUCAUUUCUUUAUCAAACAAUGUAAUGGAUGCAUGGUCAAAUUCAAAUGCAUUCAAUUAUCGUAAAUAUCAGCAACAAUUUUAUCUUUGUCGUUUAAUGAUUUUGAUCGGAAGAUUAUUAUUGGAAUAUCGACAUGAUUAUCAUGGCCAAGAUGAUAUGAAAAAAAUUAUUGAAAAAUUACAAUCAUCAACAUUCAAUGGUUCGACUAUCAAUUUGGCCAGUUCACAGCAAGAAUUUCGUAGUAUUGGUCUUACAACAUCGUUGAUUUUAUUUGAACUUUUUAUAAAAUUCAAUUCUAUCAAUAUUGAAUUACCGGAAUUUCCCGAACUAAAAAAUAUUGAAAAUGAUGAUUGUGAAUAUUUAAAAUAUCUUGGUUCAUUUGAUUUGAAUCAAAUGUUUGAAAUUUCUCGUGUACAAAACAACCAAAAAACACUACCCGAAAAGAUGAUUAUCGAUGAAAUAAAAUCAACUAUCGAUGCUAUCGAUGAUAUAAAAUCAACAUCUACACCAUUAGAUAGUGAUGAUGAUGAUGAUGAUCUAUUACCAUAUGAUCUUUCAAAUGAUAUUCCAAUCGAAGAUGAUGUCCGGUAUACGCAAAAAAACUUCGGUACACAAUUGAAUACGGAUAAUAAUCAACAAAAUAUUCAAAAUAUUUUAUUGAUUGAUAAUUCUAAACAACGACCUAUUUAUUUACAAGAUUGUAUUGAAGGCCUUUGUGAUUAUGAAAAAUCAGAUUGGAUGCGAAAAUGUUUGCAAUCCUCGGAAAAGAUAAUUCGUACCAAUUUUGAUCGAUUAGAUUCAAUAUCAUUACGUUUUACGAAAAUACUAUUCGAUUUAGAUGAUAAUUGUGGUAUUGAAAAUUUCGAUCAAUUACGACUGAAUUCAUUGAUUGCUUUGUGUGUUGGUUCACCAAAAAUUGUUGCCAGUUAUUUGACAGAUCGUUUUUAUGCUCAACAUAUUUCUAUUCGUAAUCGUAUGGAUGUUCUUGCCGUAUUGACUAAAGCUAGUGAAGAAUUGUCUCAAUUAAAACCAUUAGAGUUCAAAGAUCAUGAUAAAUUCGUCAAAGCAAUUCCGGAAAACAGUAAAAAACUUUUGACAUUGAGUGAACAGAAUCGAAAAUUUCAACGUGAUUUUUUCAAUAUCGACAAUGAUGAUAGUCACAAUGAUCAUGAUUCUGAACAAAAAAAUUGGAAAUCUUUAAUCGAACAGAAAAUAAAAUCACAAACCAGAUAUAUUUCUCCAAUUUAUCAUCAAAAAUAUUCGGAAACAUCAUCAUCAACAACAAUGUCAUCGAAUCGAUUUGUACCAGUUGCUAAAUAUUUUUUCUUUCCAUUAUUACGUGAUUUUGAAAAAAUGGAUUUAAAACUGAAAAUUCAUGAAAUUGAUUCAUUUAUUAUUGAAUCAUUAAUAUUAGCAUUGGGUAUAAUGCUACAAAAUUGUCAUAAUCAUUCACAAACAAUGUUGAUGUCAAAAGAAUUAUUACCAUUCAUAUAUUCUUAUCGUAAUCAUUUGAAAAGUAAUGUACGUUCGGCAAUCAUCAAUACAUUCAGUAUUGUUUUACAAUCAACACCGGCACAUUUUCUUAUAAAUGAUUUACAAAAUCAAAUGAUUGAUUUCAAAAUCUGGCUUCAAGAGAUAAUUAUCAAUGAUUUGAAUCAAGAUUGUAUGAUCAAAGCUUAUCGAGCAAUGAUGGCCUUAGGCGAGCUUGUCAAUCAUCCUCAAUUACAAUCAACUCAUCAAUCUUCGAUUAGAGAAUGUUCUGAUGUUAUAAAUAAGAUGAUCAAAUAAUAACAAAUUCAUUUUUUAAUGAUGGAAAAUACAAGGAUAUUAUUCAUAUGGAUUAAGUCGAUUAUAUGAU